AUGUCUGCUGCCAGCAUCCAUCCGGCUCCAAUUGGGCUGGGCCUCUCUCCAACCAAGUCGAACCUCACACAACAGAUUGAACAGAGCGAAGGCGAACGCACGCCACGGUCCUCCAGAACCUCCACCAGGGGCUCCCCAAAACCACGGUCUCUCUCGGACGCUCCUAAGCCUGUUCUCUCUCCAUCGCCAGCCUUUCGAGAACCUUUGCGACGAAUAUCCAAGGAUGACUCGGCUAUUACAACUCCCACAACACCCUCUCGUCCUCCGAUGCAUACUCGAGGUCUAUCUCUCCAUAUGCCGCUUAAAGACGCCGCUGGAGCAAGCACAGGUCCCACGAUACCACGGAUCCCGCUAUCGCCAAAACUAGACUCGUCCUAUGUCUAUGGAUCACCCUCGUCCAUGCUUCCGAGGAGAUCACGAGGACUCGAUUAUACAAGAGCAUGUACGAAUUUGCACCAUUCUACGCUGGCAGAAGCGUCUCCGGAUGCAUCGCCCAUCACAGGAAGAGGAAUACAAAUACCCCAGAGGAGAAGUCUCGGAAAUACCGUGCUUGACUCACCAAGCAAUCAGUCGAAUGCUUUGUGGUCCUUGUCAAACGACAGAACAAACUUGUCAAGCUCUGUCAGUUCCGUCAAUAUGAUGGGCUCGGAUUCUGAUUCUGAGUCUGACACCUCUUCGGACGACAUGGCCAUCGAUCGUGAUGUGGAUGAAGCCAUUUUAAAUACACCUGCGGCGUCAAGGUUGAACCCGGGGCCGAUGCCAGGUUGGGUGAAUAGCCCCGGAAUGGAAUGGAUGGGCAAUCAGCCGUCGCCAGCACAAGCCAGUCUUAUGAGUUUUCAGCCCAAUCUGUUGAGUUUUAGGAGAGCUCGUACGCGGAAGGGCAAGAGUCAACAUAGCUCUAGCAGCGUGAGCAUGAACAGUUCCAAGCCGUCACCGGGGCCAUUGUCACCGGGCGUUUUGAAAAGUGUUGAGAAUGCGGGUGGCAGUUACUUUGGGACUGGUCUAACCAAACAACAAGUCCAGUCUCGGCGUGAAAGUCUAAGUCUGGGUACCAACGAUCUGCAUCUGUCAGACAGCGAAGACAACAACACCGUGAGAACGACUGGCGGCCAAUCUCUUUCAGACAUGGAUGGUGCAAAUGGCGACGACCCAAGAAAGGUCAUUCGCCGAGCUGUCACGCGCAGAGGCAAUCUACUCCCCAAGACAAAAGGCUUUGCUCGAAUUCGUGCGCAGCUGUUGGAAGAAGCCGCCCCGAUCGAGAGUGAAGCGCGACGCGAGGCGGAAGUCAUUCGCCAGGUACACGAAAAUGAACCGACCGCUCCACAGCCCAGGUCGCCAUCGAUGCCUGCCCAUCAGAACAACAACUUUGCAGCAGAGCCGAUAGAGGAAUCGAUAGAAGACAUGAUGAUGGACAACAAAGGUCUACUCCCUCCUGAUAGCUUCAGUCGACAGGCCGAGAGGAACUCCGCAGGAAUUGGGUUUUGGAAUGGAUUCGACGACCGCUACCGAACCCCUCCACCAUCUUUACGACCCCGCGAAAGUUCCUCUGCCAUCAGUGAUGAUAUGAUGGAUACUCCUAGCUCCUCAAUCGUCGACAACCCUGCCCUGAAGCAUUUCAACCGAUCUAGAUCCAGGUCGACCACUCCCUUGGCCUCUCUCCCGCCUACCGCAGGGGAUGUCGCCCGAAGGGUCAACAACAAGCGACGCCGCGAAGAGGAUUUCGAUCCAUCAUACACCAAACGCAGAGCUGUGUCCCCUGGCAUGAGCGUCCAAAGCAGCCCUAUCUUGUCGCAAAGCCCCGUGUUGACAAGCGACAAGGCAUGGUCUAAACUGCCACCCAAGGGCUCCGGACAUGGCCAUGGCGAUCGCAGCAACAGCGGCAGCAGUCAUAAUGGGACAAAGAAAAUUGGGUUGCAAGGUAUGACCGAGACGAAUGAAGGCAUAAUGAGCAUGAGCAUUGACUAG